AUGUCCCUCCCCCGCCGGACAACAACCGUCACCCGCCUAACCGGCGAGACAAAGGUCCAAGUUUCGCUCUCCCUUGACGGCGGUGUGCUUCCGGCCUAUGAGACAUGUGAGCACUUUCCACAGGCAAGCCCGGAGGAAGCGACCCGCAUAGUACCCGUUCCCGAAGCACGGCAUUCCACCCAAUUCACCCCUACGCAACAGAUCACUAUAAAUACCGGCAUCGGGUUCCUUGACCACCUACUACAUGCGCUGGCAAAACAUGCUGGGUGGAGUUUGGCGGUGCGGUUCGACGACCACCACACAGCAGAAGACACCUUCCUUGCCCUCGGCACCGCCUUCAAACAAGCGCUAGGCCCCCGCCUCUCCCUCGUCCGCUUCGCCCGCGGCGACGCUCCCCUCGACGAAGCCCUCUCGUGGGCGGUAAUUGACAUCUCCUCGCGGCCCUAUAGUGUGAUAAACCUCGGCCUGAAGCGCGAGAAGAUUGGCGCGUUGAGCACGGAGAUGAUUCCUCAUGCGCUCGAGAGCUUUGCGCAGGCGGCGGGUGUCACGUUGCAUGUUGGUUGCGUUUACGGGGAUAAUGAUCAUCAUCGGGCGGAGAGUGCUUUUAAGGCUGUUGCGGUGGCGACGAGAGAGGCUUGCCGGAGAAGAGUGGAGGGAGAGGUUGGGGGUGGUGGGGAGAUGGUGCUCUAUAUUCCGCAGCGCCAUCGCGCGUUGUUCCUAAUCACUCUUCUGCUCCUCUCGUGUCUCGCCGCAACCAAAAGCUCACACGAGCAGACGCUACCAGUUGGACAGCUCUCAGCGUCACAGAUAGAAGACAAGCUGCAAGAAUGCCCUCUUGUCCAAGAACUGAACGCGCAUAAACUUGCAUCAAGCCCCGAAACCACAAGCUUCACAUCUAAGCUCUUCACGAUUCUUUUCCCUGGAAGCCCGGCAGUCAAUGCUAUAUUAGCUACACUCUACAUAUCUGGGCCACCUAAUUUUCUCCUCGCAUUAUGUCCUCCAGACAUCAAUCCUUCGUCCCUAUCCAUCAUGGUUGCGUUUGCGGUUGGUGGGCUUCUGGGUGAUACGCUCUUCCAUCUGCUGCCGGAGAUAUUCCUAGGCGAAGAUUCACCAGAACAUGUCCGCUUUGUCCUCGUCGAACCAAAUAGAAACAUCCUCCUUGGCCUUGCUGUUCUUGUCGGGUUCAUGACUUUUGUGGCGAUGGACAAGGGGCUCCGCAUCGCUACCGGAGGAGUAGGCGGGCACGAUCAUAGCCACAGCCAUACCCAUGCGGCGGAAGGUAGCGUCGCAAUAUCCUCCGGCUCCACAACCUCCAACAAGGAAAAUGUGGGCGAGCUAAAGAAGCGCAAGUCAGACUCCAAAACAGAGGCCAAUAAUAAUAACCUCUCAGAGGUCGACAAGAAGGAAGUAAGCCCCAGCACCAAGCUAGGCGGAUAUCUCAACUUAAUUGCGGACUUUACUCACAAUAUUACCGACGGGCUUGCGAUGUCCUCAUCCUUCUAUGCAUCCCCGACCAUCGGCGCGACAACGACCGUUGCUGUUUUCUUUCAUGAAAUCCCCCAUGAGGUCGGUGACUUUGCACUACUGAUCCAAUCUGGGUUUUCCAAGCGCAAGGCAAUGGGUGCUCAAUUCGUCACUGCCAUUGGAGCCUUCCUGGGAACUUUCAUUGGAAUUGCGGUUCAGGAGUUUGGCGGCAAAAGUGAAGCAGGAGACUUAUCAGAUGCUGGGGCGAUGGCGACACAAACAGGCCUUCUGGGCACGAGUUUGGCAAUGAAAGACCUGCUUCUUCCCUUCACUGCAGGUACAUUCUUGUAUGUCGGCACUGUUGCAGUUAUUCCUGAAUUAUUGGAGACGGGCAAGAAUAAAGGGGAGGAGUUGAGGAAGACGGCAAAGCAAUUUAUUGCUAUGGCGGCUGGGGCGGGCAUUAUGCUUUGGAUAUCAUGGGCCUGA